AUGUCGACUCUUGAGCGCUCUCGGGAUAUAGAGCAGGGCUCUCGACCUAUCUACAAGGUCUAUAAGCGACGCUUCUGGGGUCUGGCCCAGCUGGUAUUGCUAAAUAUCGUCGUUAGUUGGGAUUGGUUGACCUUUUCGUCUAUCUCAACAACGGCCGCGGAGUACUUUGAUGUCUCGGAGAGCGCUAUUAACUGGAUGAGCACUGGCUAUCUCUUCGCCUUCUGUGCUGUUAGCCCCAUCGUUAUCUGGAUCCUGAACAAAGGCGGCCCCAAACCAGCUAUCAUCACCACCGCCACACUCCUACUAGUGGGUAACUGGCUCAGAUAUGCUGGUACCAGAGCGAAUGGCGGUAUAUUCGGACUCGCGAUGUUCGGCCAAAUCCUAAUAGGAUUCGCGCAGCCCUUCUGCCUCUGCGCACCAACCCGAUACAGCGAGCUCUGGUUCUCAGAUAAGGGCCGCACGAGCGCAACAGCAGUCGCCAGUCUCGCGAAUCCACUGGGCGCUGCCCUGGGCCAGCUGAUCGACUCGGAAUGGGCGUCGAAACCCUCUGAUAUACCAAAUAUGGUCCUGUACAUUUCGAUCAUCUCAACCGUCGCAGCAAUCCCAUCGUUCUUCCUCCCAGCAUCACCACCAACACCCGCAAGCACAUCCGCCGCAAAGCCGCACACACCACUGGGUGCAGCAGUACGCGAACUAACUAGCGCGCGUGAAUUCUGGCAGAUUUUCAUUCCAUUCUCUGUAUAUGUGGGCUUCUUCAACAGCGUCUCCUCACUGCUAAACCAAAUCCUCAGUCCGCACGGGUUCUCCGAGACAGAAGCCGGUAUUGCAGGCGCCAUCCUGAUUGGGGUAGGACUCGUCACGUCGGCGAUCAUGUCGCCAAUAACAGACCGGUACAAGCACUACCUGGGCAGUAUCCGAGUGCUGGUACCAGUGGUGGCAGUCACGUAUAUCGGGCUGAUCUUCGCGCCGGGCAGUGCGGCCGGAAUACCGCCUUCGUAUGUGGUUAUGGCACUACUGGGCGCAGCGUCGUUCGCGAUGCUACCCAUAACGCUAGAGUAUCUCGCUGAGAUUACGUACCCUAUCUCUUCGGAGAUUGGGAGUACCAUCUGUUGGACGGGUGGGCAGUUGCUUGGUGCGUGCUUUAUUCUUAUUCAGGAUGCGUUGAAGGCUGGAGCUGGGGCUGAACCGCCGUAUAAUAUGCGGAAUGCAUUGGUCUUUGCGGCUGUGGUUGCUGUUGCAGCUGCACCGUUUCCGUUGACCGUUGGGCUUUUUGGAAGGAGUGUUCAUCGUCGUAGGUGGGAGGUCGACCGUGGUGUUGAGGUACAGGAGGUUAGGGACGUGGCUCGGACGGAUGAGAAAGUUAAGACGGUUAGAUCUGAUGAUUUUGCCGUGGCAACUGAUACCCCGAUCAAGACUUGA